ACUCCGAGGAAAAGGUAGGCGGGGCGGAGACAUGAUGGCGAAGACCGUGGUGACCUCCGCCCAUCUCCGGCCCACCAUGGCGCAUUGGGGGGAAUACCUAUCGCCAUUGGUUCCCGUUGGUGAGAGGCGUGGCCUCUUCUUUCCUGUGCUCCUUCCCAAUUGGCGGGGGUGAGUGUCAUUGACUAAAAAGGGGAGGAGGCCCACCUCAGUAACACCUCCCCAAAAACCUUGCAAGCGGGUGGCGGCUUUGGCUGAGAACUAAACGAGUGAGCCGUGAGGCAGAGGAAGGCGAGAGUGUGAGGCAAACGCUGGGAGGAUUGUCGCGGGAGGGCAUAACGGAGGCAGCCGCAAGAAGGAGGCGGUGGCGAAAGCAGAGGCAGCAGCGUUGACGGACGGAGCGGAGGGGAUGCGAGGCCCGGUAAAUUCCAUGUUAUGCUGCUCUGUCAAAGUCAAGCUGCCAAAUGGUCUUCAUCCUCUCAAAUGGGGGAGAGCACAGAGGCCACAUCGCUGCUUCCUUUCUUCCCACCCCAGUCAGGCUCUGUCAGACACAACACUGUAGGCUUUCCAGAAACAUCUGAAGAUAUAUUUUUUCCUGCAUACUUUUUCUUGAAGGACAUCUUAAUUGUUUGACUGAUUAACAAGAUGUCUGGAACCUUAUUAAACAGCACCAGUUGCUAAAUUGGGAAUUUCUUACAAAGAUAAAUACAUGAGUGUAAGAAAGAGGAAAUAUAUAUUGAUAGACUAUACUAUCACAACCACUCUUCAGUCUGCAAAGCCUUCAGGUUUUCUCUGCCAUGUUGUGUGACUGUUGUCCCAUGAGGAAUUUGUCUUCAUGAAGAUUCCUAAUAUUGGUAAUGUGAUGAAUAAAUUUGAGAUCCUUGGGGUUGUUGGUGAAGGAGCCUAUGGAGUUGUACUUAAGUGCCGACACAAGGAAACACAUGAAAUUGUGGCAAUUAAGAAAUUCAAAGACAGUGAAGAAAAUGAAGAGGUCAAAGAAACCACUUUACGGGAACUCAAAAUGCUUCGCACUUUGAAACAGGAAAAUAUUGUAGAGUUAAAAGAAGCUUUCAGAAGAAGAGGAAAACUAUAUUUGGUGUUUGAAUAUGUAGAAAAAAAUAUGCUUGAAUUGCUAGAAGAAAUGCCAAAUGGAGUCCCACCAGAAAAAGUAAAAAGCUACAUUUACCAACUAAUAAAAGCAAUUCAUUGGUGUCAUAAAAAUGAUAUUGUUCACAGAGAUAUCAAGCCAGAGAAUCUCUUAAUAAGCCACAAUGAUAUUUUGAAAUUAUGUGACUUUGGUUUUGCACGGAAUUUGUCAGAAGGGAGCAAUGCUAACUACACAGAAUAUGUGGCCACCAGGUGGUACCGUUCACCUGAACUUUUGCUGGGAGCCCCUUACGGCAAAUCUGUAGAUAUGUGGUCAGUAGGCUGUAUUCUUGGGGAACUUAGUGACGGACAGCCGCUGUUUCCUGGAGAAAGUGAAAUUGAUCAACUUUUUACAAUUCAGAAGGUGCUAGGACCACUUCCUGCAGAGCAAAUGAAGCUUUUCUACAGCAAUCCCCGUUUUCACGGGCUGCGGUUUCCUGCAGUCAACCAUCCACAGUCUUUGGAAAGGAGAUAUUUAGGAAUCUUAAGUGGUGUUUUACUUGACCUUAUGAAGAACUUGCUGAAACUGGAUCCAGGUGACAGAUACUUAACAGAGCAGUGUCUGAACCAUCCUUCAUUUCAAACUCAGAGGCUCUUGGAUCGUUCACCUUCACGGUCAACUAAAAGAAAACCUUACCAUGGAGAUAGCAACACCUUAUCCAAUAGAACUCAAGCUAGCAAAAGUACUGCUGUCCAGUCUCACCACAGAUCAAACAGCAAAGACAUACAGAAUGUGGGAGUUGGAUUGCAAAGAGAAGAGGCUCUUCCAUCAAAUGAAAGCUUUCUAAAUGGAAAUCUUCCUGUAACUGCACAUAGUCCAAUGCUUUCAAAAAAGCCAAAUAAUCCCCCUGGAUCUGGAGGCAAGGAUCUAACUAAUAACAACAUACCACAUCUUCUCAGUCCAAAAGACACAAAGACAAAAACUGAAUUUGAUUUUAAUUCAGAUCCCAAAACUUCAGAUGGUCCAGGUACAAAAUACCUGAAGUCUAAUUCCAGAUCUCAGCACAACCGUCACUCAUUUAUAGACAGUUCUCAGAGCAAAACAGGCACGUUGCAACCAGGUGAAAGGCAUAACCGGCACAGUUAUAUUGAUACUAUUCCUCAGUCUUCAAAGAGUCCCUCAUAUCGAACAAAGUCAAAAAGUCAUGGGGCUCUGACAGAUUCCAAAUCUGUGGGUAAUCUAUCUGAGGCCAGAGUUCAAGUUGCAGAACCAAACAGCAGUAGAUAUUUUCCAUCCAGCUGCUUGGACUUGAACUCUCCUACCACACCAACACCUCCACGCCAUGCUGACAACAGGACUUUGCUCAGUCCCUCUGGGAGAAAUAACAGAAGUGAUGGUACACUUGAAUCGAGAAGACCGUCUACAAGACAUUCCAAAACCAUGGAGGAGUUGAAAUUGCCAGAUCAUACGGAUGGAAGCCAUUCCCACUCUUUAUCUGCUCCCCAUGAAUCUUUUUCUUACGGUUUAGGUUAUACAAGUCCGUUUUCUUCACAGCAGCGCCCUCAUAGACAUUCUAUGUAUGUGAGCCGGGACAGAGUGAGGACAAAGGGCUCCGAGGGUGGCUUAAGCGUAGGGCAAGGGAUGGCAGCCAGAGCAAACAGCCUGCAACUGUUAUCUCCACAGGUGCAGCAUAAGUCACUCACAAGAUCUGUCGGCUCUUCCCGUGAAGACUGUACAGAAGAUCCCAAUAGGGGUGGAACGUAUCACGAUCAGCACCCAGAUGAUGGAACAUCCACAAAAGAAAAUAGACUUCUGUAUAAUGAUCCUGUACCUAGGAGAGUUGGUAGCUUUUACAGAGUCCCAUCUCCACGCCCGGAGGGAACAUUCCUAGAUAAUAGUGCCUCCAAUAGAAUACCUGCGCUACCAGCAGAAAGCAGUAGUGUAACAAGUCACUCCAAGAGACAAACUGCUUUUGAUCCCUGGAAAAGUCCUGAAAAUGCUCAUUCUGAACAUCUAAAGGAAAAAGAAAAGCAAGGUUUUUUCAGGGCAAUAAAAAAGAAAAAAAAGAAAUCUCAAUCUACAGAAUCCACCAAGGCGGAGAAUCCAAGCAUCAAGAAAUCACUCUUUCCUCUUUUUUAUACAAAGAAUCACUUAAAGCAUAGCUCUUCUUUGAAAAAGAUUCCUGUAGUCACUCUGCCUAUGAUGCCUGGAAGUGAUAAUCAGGAUCUUUUGGCAUUACAGAAAGCUAUGCACUCAUCUAAUCACCCUGCCAGUAGGCAGAAGGAGUGGCAUUCUGAGAAGAUGACAGAAAUCCAAAUCCAAAGUCAUAGCCAGCCUUUAAAAUCCCUUCGCAAACUGUUGCACCUUUCCUCGUCCUCUAAUCAUUCAAUUCCUUCUGAACCGCGAUUCCAGCCCUUACCGAGUCAGCCAGCUAAAGCGUCUUUUUCUGAAGUUCGAAUUCAUCCUAUAAGUCAAGCAUCCACUAGUAGCAGCAGCAGCAACCUACGGCAAGAGUCCCAAUCAAAAGGCAGAACAACGCUCCAGAUCCCGGGCCAGAUGGACCCAAGUUGGCAUGUUUCCCCAGUGAACAGGAGUGCCAGUGAUGGGACUGCAUACUCUGAUCAGAUGCCUUCUAAGAGUGGGCAAAAUGGGCAUACUUAUAACCGAACAAAUCGAUCUCGAAUGCCAAACCUGAAUGAUUUAAAAGAGACAGCUUUGUAGUAAUACACAAAAUGCUGUUGCAGAGAUUGACCCAGGGGGUAUGGUGGUAACUGAAUUCUCAGCUUUAUAAAAGGCAUGCAAUAUUGAAUAUGUAGAGCUACAGUUUGGUGCCCCGUCGAUAGGGAUCUUAUGGUGAAGUUAACUUUAUUAAUUGCCAUUCAUUUAAUCUCAUGGCAAAAGAAUGUGCACUUCAGGGAGAAUGAACUUUUUUGCCCUUUUCUCUCAUUUUACAUUCCAGCUUGGUGCACAUCUCUGUCUGAAAGUGGUAUAGGCACUUUGGGGAGUUGAAAGAAAUGUCUUUAGACCUGUGCCCUUAUGAAAAUUUUUGCUGCCUAGAUUUAAUUUCUUUUAAAAAAUGUGCGGUUUAUGUGUAUCCCUAAUAAGGGUUUGAAGUUUAGUUGUAUGUUUUUAUUUGUUUUCUAAACUUCCGUAUUUGAUAGGGUUUGUAAUAUUUAUUUAUGAUCCACUAUUGUAUUGUUAUAAUCAUACCUUAUGUUACAAUGUAGUUAUUUUGAGCUGUUUAAAACAUUGUGAUGCAGUGCAACAGCUACAGUAGUUUCUAUAAAAACUAACAAAUAUAUAUUGCAUCAGGAGUAUUUUAUUAUAUACAUAUUAUAUAUAUAUAUAUGAAUAUAUAUAUAAAUGGUAAAUAAUUGUCUUUUUAAAAAUAUAUUCAUUUAAAAGAAAAGUAUUGUUAUGACACUAUCUGCCAUAUUUUUAUACGUUUGUGAUAUAAAGUGCAGUAUUAUACUUCUAAUAAAAGGGAACUGAAUGUGGGUCGAAAUGUGACUUGUAACAAUAUAAAUUUUGCCCAACUACUACUAGAUGGCAAUGACACUGGUAACAAGCAAAAUACAAUAGUGAUUAUCAGACGUAUAGGCUUGUUUCUGAAGGCAAUGGCUCAAAAAAUGAAACACAUAAAGUCGUAUAAAAAAUGAUAUAUUUUCCCCUAUUUGUGUGCUUAGCUUUCCCCAUUGCUUUAAGUGGAAGAUAGGCACCUGCAUUAUGGUGACAGAAUCCCGCUCUUGUUGCAGCCCUCUAUGCAGGAAAACUAACCUGUAACAAGAUGUUAAAAUAGAUGGACUUCCAUUCAAUAUAUGGGGUGAAGACCAAAGAGCCACAGCAUGAGAAGCAAGUGGCAAGCCAAAGUUGGCAUGACACAGCACUGUAAAUCAUGGUAAAAGGUUUUAGGCCUCUGUAUAUUCUUUGCACUUUGUUUGAAAUUGUACUGACCAGAAAGUAAAAUAUUGUAUUUAAAUGUAACAGAAGCUGUGGCACUUCUAUUUUGUUUCUAGGAUUUAAUAAAAACUGUAACAUGGUAUUUGAAUAUGGGAAUAAACAGUUUUUCUGCUGAAGUUUAGUUUCCCCCCUCUAUUGGUUAAAACAAUAUCCUGUGACAUUAAAGCUUCACUCCCUUCAGAGUGAGGAUGUUUUCUUAUUUCCUAUAGACUAUUAACUUUUUUUAAAAGUGGACUUAUAAUUGAAUGUAGAACCUGUAAUUCUAUUUACUUGCCAUUACUGUGACUCAGGAAAAAGACAAUUGAAAAAAUGUAGUCCCACUGUGGAGCUGUUAUAAAUGAAAACAGAACGAGGACAAUAGUGUCAAAACAAUACCUGUUUUAAAUUUUUAAUGCCUCAAACUUACACAACUCUUGAUGGCAUAGUUUAGCUAACUAGUUACUUUUCCAGUGGUUUACUGUUUUCUCCUCCAAAAUAUUUAUCUGAAAAACAGAGACUGUUGCUGGUUUACUCAAAUAUUGAGUAAUACAGAUGAAUGGAAGGGAUAUAAUAUUCAUGUUCACAGUACAAUAACAUUAUGACAGUUGUGAAUUAAAACAAAUACUAGCAGACUUCAUAGCAGAAACAAAAUGCUUUUCAUUGCAAGAACCAAAAACUUCAGUUACAAGAAUUUUACAUGUGUCUGUUUUCCUAUUUAGAAAACAAGUAUUAGAACAAUACAUGAAAUGAGUGGAUGUUAUCUGUGGAAAGCACAGUGGAGAAUAUGAGACCACAUGAUGCAAUUUCCUUAGUAACUGGAUGUCGGUGCAUUGAUUUCAUUCAUAGGGUGUCUUUUUUUAAUCUAGAUUACCGUCUCCUUCUGUGGACCCACCACCGGAAUAUUCCUGACUGCAUGGUUUUGUUUUGAGACUGGGGCUCUAAGCAGUACUGUUUUGAGUUAUGCUAGUUGUAGCUGUUUAGUUAUCUCUAUACCCCAUUUUAAUGGAUAAUACAUUGAAGGCAAUUUGCACACAUAUUUAAAAAGGCUACUUACAGCUCUUUUUAUUUAUGGAAGCCUCUUACUUGAAAAGAUUUAGCAUCAAAUUAUAUUAGAGAAUCAUUAAUUGUACUUUAAUGUUUGAAAUUAGUAUUGCCUUUUUCAAGAGUAGACCUAAAAAUGUCUGUAAAUUUCAGAGGGAGAGUUAAAAGACAAAGUAAAUUGUUUUUAGGUAAAAUAGAAACUGUACAUCAUGCUUGAAUGCAUACAGUUUUCAAUCUAUUAAUAGAAAGAGUAAGUAUUAUUUUGAAAGCUUUGCACUUAAUUUGGUUUAUGUAUCCAACUUGUAAUAUGUUAGUCUUGUAAAUAUGCUAAGACAUCAAAAAAAUCUUAUUAGCCUAAUGGGAGAUUUGCUAGCAUCAUAAGAAGAGCAAAGCCUAUUACAUAUUAAGCUAUUAUUCAAGUGUGAGCUUUUCUCUUCAAUGAGAUUAGAAAAGUAAUUUUCUGUACUCUCUAUAGCUUUACCAAGGAUAGAGCAGCUGAGCUUAGGGUAUAUGUUUUGCUUUAUGAUGAUAUUCCUAGUAUAAAAGAAACAGUGCCGUGUAUACUUCUGAAAACAGCAUACAUUUUCCUGUGGGUUUUUAGGGAUAUUUUUAAUGGGGGAAAGCAAACCUUGAUAUAUUUGAUACUUUUGCAAAACUGUCUGUUCAUGCAAUAACAUUUUGUUUGUAACUAUCCAUAUUCCAUAUUCCAUGAAAAGUAUCAAAACCUGCCUAAACAGCUCCUUGAAAUCAAAAUGCAAGUUUCUAAAUUGUAGAUGUGCUACUGAGGAGUUGGGACUUUUUUGGUAAAUAUUGACAAGGAAAGUAAAAAGAAACAAAUUAUAUUUUGGUUGACUCAUACUGUGGGAAACAGGAACAUUCUAUUUUUUGAAAAAACAAGUAGUUUAAAAUUUGAUACAUUUAAUAUUAUGAAAAUUUAUGGCUGAAAUCCAACAUAAUGUUAGCGCAAGAAGUUUGAGAGUUGAUGUUGUUGCACAAAUGGUAACAAGCUUAACUGUGACCUACUAUAAUAAUAGCAUUUGUACUACUUGUGCAACAUCAUCUGCAAGCACACCCACUGGAUUUGACUGUUGCACUAUGCUAAGAAUGAGGCUUCCGCUAGCAUGUUUCAGACUUUUUUCAUUUGCUUGAUGUCAUUAAUGCUAUAUUACCCAGUGCUUUACAACUUCAACCCAAGAUCAGGUGGUAUAAUAUUCAGGUGUUAUGUUGUUUAACAUGUUUUUAAUUUCAUAUAUCAGAAGGCUUCCCAUUUCUAGGCUUAUAAAUCCUCAUAGUAUUGGGAGCAACUUCUGCCUCCCCCUCCUGUUCCAUCAAUAUUUUUUGAAGGAGAAGCUAAUUUUUGUUCUAGAAUAAAUGUAUAGAUACAGCCUGAUUGGAUCAUUAAUUUUUCAUUUGACUUUUGCAUAGAAAAUGUUCCUAUUCUAAAAUCUUCCUCCUUUCUCCCAUCCCCCCCACUAACGUAUGAGUAAUCCAGGUUUUCCAGUUGCCUUAAAUAAAUCCAAUUUUUAUUUUGAUGCUGUGUGGUAAUUCAGCUAAAACUGAAGACAUUUGUAAAAUAACCAACAGAAGAACCAGGAAUCGGAAAAUAUUUUAAGACUCCUGUUUCAAUACCAAUUUGAAUCAUGACUGAGGAAAAAAUGUGGAAUUGGCAGAGAACAGGUGUGUUUGUGUCACAGUUCUAUUUGGGUAUCGGACUAGUGUAUAUUAGAUAUGCUCUGAGACAGAAUAAUGAAACUUAGUCAGACUUUUGCCUAAAAUGCUCUCAACUGAGAGUGUGAAUGUGUAGUCUGACUCUUUUGCAUAACAGUAAUGCUGUGAUAAAGGUUUGUGUGCAUGUGUCUUGUGUGGUGGGGAAAGUCUAUUCAGGCUAGACAAACAGCAUACAUCCACAAGGAGUGUACAGUGGUUCAUUGUGCAGUUGAUAGUGCAUUUAACUGAACUAGGCUUAGGGUAUGUUGCAAAGGAAGUGUGUUAUAGUAGUCUUCAAUAAACAUUCUAUCCAUCUUUUUUAAAGAAUCAAUUAAACCAGGAUAUUAUUCUAGAAAGCCUUCGCCAACUUGGUGCCCCCUAGAUGUCUUGGAUUACAACUCCCAUAAUCUGUGACGAUCAGCCAUACUGAAUGGAGCUGAUGGAAGUUGGAAUCCAAAACUUCUGAAGGCCACCAGGUUGAGGAAGUGUUCUGGAAAAAGGUGCCUUUUCCCCAUCGAAAUUCAUUCUCGUUUAUUACUUGUCAUAAUGCUGGCUGGCUCAUACACUAGAAUUUGUAGCAAAUAAGGACAAAAGCCAUUUUUCUAAUCUCUGGUAUAACCUAGCUCAUGUUCAAGGACUUUCAAUAUUACAGAGUUGCUCCCAAGACAAAUUAUCCUAACAAAUUAAUGUAUCUGUAUUUCCUGAGUGAAUGCUCUUAAUACUUCUAUUGUAACAACAGUGUAAGGGUCUUUCCUGUGCGUGUACACAAACUCGCCUAUCAAAGUUGUACAUUGUAGAAUAAAAGUAUCAUAAAACAA